AUGCAGGAGGUUCCAGGUCAACAACGUGUGUUUAACUUGGGCUCCGUUCCUCUGCAGGUAGUCAGCGCUGUCUUUAUAGCAGUGGGCGUCUACGCCAAGGUCGCCAAGGAGACAGAUGUGGUCGACACCCUGACUCUGGAUCCAGCUCUGCUGCUGAUCUUUGUUGGCUCCAUCACGUUCCUCGUCACAUUCCUGGGAUGUUUGGGAGCCCUGCGGAACAUCACCUGCCUACUCAAAGCAUUUCUGGGGAUCCUGGCCGUAGUUCUCCUCCUGCAGGUUGCCGCUGGCGUCGUGGGAUACAUCUUCACAGACAUGGUGAUGGAGAGGACGGACCGGCUGCUGAUGAAGGCCAUUGUCCUCUACAGAGAGGACCAGGACCUGGAAAAUGCCAUCGACUUCGUCCAGAAGAAGUUCCAGUGCUGUGGAGUUGAGAGCUACAAGGACUGGUCCCAGAAUGUCUACUUCCAGUGUUCUGACACCAACCCUAGUGUAGAGUCCUGUGGGGUUCCCUUCUCCUGCUGUGUUGGUCUGCAGAACCAGACGGUGCUGAACACAAUGUGUGGCUAUGGGAAGCAGCGGCUGCAGGAAAAUCUGGCCCAACGACAGAUCUUCACGGUGGGCUGCCUGACGAGUAUCGUGCGAUGGACUAAGAACAACCUGCUGCUGGUGGCGGGUCUGACCGGAGGCCUGCUGCUGCUCGAGGUGGCCAUGAUCUGCCUAGCUGCUGCUCAGGUCUGUUGGAUUAACAAGGUCCCGCAACAAGCACAAAGCAAAAAGCAGAAGGACGACAGCAUCGACUUUCCUCCGUUUUAG